AUGUUUAAUAAUGAACAUUGUCAAAUGAUAAUUAGAAAUGACAACUGUCUACCUAAAGUGGAAUCUGUUUAUGGUCGAAAUUGUAUAAGUCAAUGUAAUUGUUCUUUUGGUGCACAAACAGCAACAUUUAAUAGUAUGAAUACAGAGUUGAUCAAUUCUGGAAGUUUGCAAAAUGAUAGUACUACUAUGCUAAGUAAUACUAUCGUAGAAAAUUCUAAUUCAAAUAUAUGCAUUAUUCCAGCUAAUAAUUUAAGAAAUUCAGAAUUUCCACAAACGUUGAAUACCUACCAUCAUCAACAUCAAAAUAUUGCUCAAACAUUCAACUUAUCUACAAAUUCUGUUCAAGAUCUUCAUAUACCAGCGGUUUCACAAUCUAUUUUUCCAUCUUCUAUCCCAACAGUUAUAGCAGCAGCGGCGGCGGCAGCUGGGGUAAAUUCUGCUAGUGUACCCCUUUCUUCAUUGUUGUUUCAUCCCCAAGGACCUUACAUGUUGCCGAAUCCUUCUUCAACUAAUCUACCUACCGCUCAUCUACAAUCUGUUAAUCCUCAGGUAUCGAAUAUACCUUUAAAUAAUGACUACAAAGCUAUUUCGCCGUCGAAUGUGCUAGAAGCAACAACAACAACAACACACAAUCCAUUGCCUCUUAUAACUAGUAGUAUUGAUGGGACAAUAACAAAUCCUAUUAAAACUCCUUCGAAUUCUCAAUCGACUGGUACAAAUAAAUUAUUGAAUGAAAAUGGUAACUAUUAUGUAAUGGUUCAUGUUGAUGCUGGAGAAACAUUCUCAGUUCGCGUAGGUGACCAGAUUCAACACAUACCUGGUCCAGCCACAGUUAGAAUGGUUUCCAAUAGUGGUCCACCUUUACCUAUGCCUAUGCAAGUUCCUCCUGGUCAUUUGGUUCAACAAAUUGUUGAUGAAGAAGGAAUUCUUACUCAUGUCAUUCUAUCACCUUAUCCUACUCAUCCAUCAUUGUCAAUGGUUCCGACUGGUGUUCCGUUGUCACUUAGUCAAACAAACGAUGUUUCAACAACUGGUACAAAUUUAAUUUUAAAUCCUAAUCAGCAUUUACAACCUCAUCACCAACAUCAUCAUUUUCAUCCUAUAUUACCAUCUACAGGUCUACCAAACAAUGAAAGUUUAAUCCAUAUGAAUCCAUAUGCACAACAUCCUCAUUCGAUACAUUCUUUCCCUCAUUCUCUUCCUACGCAUCCACCACCAUUUAUUCAUCCACAUUUUCAGCAUUUUCAUCAACAAUUUCAUCUACAUUCAACACAUCCACAUGUAUGUGUUAAUGAAGUCGGCAAUGAUGGUUCUAUUUCAACGAAAUAUUCAAUUACUCCUGAAGUUAUAGAUGAAAUAAAUCAUUGUGAUGUGUCAACAUGUAAUUCACCGUGUUUAACUAUCAACAAAUCAUCCGAUUCUUCGUUUAAUGAUAAUAAUAAUAGUAAUAAUUUUAACUUGAAACAAAAUGUAAUCAAAGAAAUUCCAGAUUCAACUACAAUGAACUAUAAUAAUAAUACUAGUAAUAAUAAUGCUGAUCAUCCCAUCGAUACACGCUGUGAUCGUGUUGAUACACUGGAUGACCUACAUCCAAUUAUUAGUGGUUGUUGUGGUAUGAUUGCCAGUGACUUAGAUAAAAUGUCAUUUUUGAAUAAUAUUGGUAAUAAUAAUAAUAAUGAUAACAAUAAAAGUCGAAAAACUUGUAGUCCAGAUUCACUCCCAAUGAUUGACUCCUCAUCAAACAAUGAAGUAAAAAUGGUUAAAUCUUCCGAAUGUACAGAUGAUCCAAUAGAUCAUUCGAAAACUGUCACAGACAUUAGACAAAAUGCAAUGAAUAAUACUAACAGUUCAAAGAAACCAUCAUCAUUAAAAUGUAGUCAUAAUUAUACUGUUCCUCACAGUAAUAAUAACAGUACUAUAAGAACUAUUGAUAAACAUGUUACUCAAACUACGAAUUCUACUGAUGAUGAUGAUGUCGUAAUCUCUUCUACACGUGAUGAUGAUCCAUAUGAAAACAAUGAAGACGAUAAUGAUGACCAAGAUGCAGAGAAUGAUGAUGGUAGUAUAAAUUGUAAAACAGUUGGAUCCUGUAAAACAUCUUUUAUAACUGCCAACUGUACAAAUCUAACUGACGUUAAUAAUUUUGAAAGUAGAUCUCACAUUUCAAUGAAAGAUAAGCAUUUUAUAGAUGGCAAUAUGAGUUCUGAUUGUUGUACACAUACCACACUUACUACAUCUACUACUGCUGCCUACACUAACACUGAUUCCAUUGUUUACACUACAAAUUCUCACAUCACUAAUACUACAUUUGCUUCAGACAGUAAUGGGCGUGCAACAACAUCAUCAAGUUUAAACGCCUUCUCUCCCCAUUUUUCUUAUCCUCAAGCCACAUUUCCAUUUCAUCGAAGGAGACGUGGUGGAGGUAUCAGUGGCGGCGGCGUUAUUGGUGUUAAUGUUGCUGGUGGAGGUAAUAAAAGUUACAGUGGUUUUCGACCACAUCGUUCAGCUGGCUUCGGUUUCAAUAAAUACUCUCAAAAUUCGGCUCGGAAUCAACCAUCUACAACUGGAUCGUCGAAAUCACAUUCAGAACAUUAUUCUCAAUAUCAACAACACAAUUGUAGCUUACAAAAUGGUAGUAGUCAUAUAAAUCAUUACCAUCAAUCCCAUCAUUCAUCAUCAAUUUAUCAACCCCAUUCACAUUAUCAUCACUGUCAUCGUGCUCCAGUUGUAGCACAAGAUGUAGAUAUAGAUUCUGAGAUAGAAAUUGAAAAUAAACCAACUGGAGAUACAUCAGUUUGUUCUCCCCUUCCAAUCAAUGUAUUAUUACCGACAGUACAAACACCUACUGAUUAUUGUUCACCGUCGAAUUGUCUAUUAAAUUCACAAUGUUACAGUCAUCAUCAUCUUCAGCAACAACAGCUGAAACAACCUAUGGACUCUUAUGAUGUUUAUUUAAGUAAUAGUAAUAAUAAUGUUAAUACAAAUGGACCUGGGGCAAAUGAAAAUGAUACAGAGACUAAUACCAAUGGACAUCAUGCUGAUUACAAUCUGAAUAACGAAUGGAAUACUCAAGAGAAGAUUAUUCAUAAUAUAAUAUCGGAUAUACUGUCACCACAAAUCAGUGAAGUUAAAUGCGAUAGUGCAUUAAUUCAAUUGUCAUUUCCACAAAAUUUAAUUCUUUCAUCUGUUGCUGAUGUUGAAUCGUCAUCACCAUCAUCGCCUGCAACAAGCACAUCAAUCACAACAAUAACAACAAGUACGAAUUACAUCCUUACCAAUCCAUCCAUAUUAACAACCAAUACUACAACUGCUACCACUAAUAAUUCUACUGCUACAAUUUUGUCCGUUGGUUCUUGUCAAUCAUUGCAAUCAUUAUUGUCAGAAAGCAGUAAUAAUAAUAAUAAUAAUAAUAAUAAUAAUAAUGGCAAAUUGUUUAAAGUCGCCAGUUCUCCAUCAAAAAAUCAUCUACACGAUAAAUGUAAACCAUCGUCAACAACCAUAAAGGGGGAUAAUUGUAAAUCCGAUUUAAUACAUUCAAACAUUAAUUAUGAUAAUAUUGUUAAUGAUAACGUUCACGAGUUGGAUGAUAGUACUAAUAAUAUUUCAACAAUAAUAAAAACUGCAACUACUACUUCUUCUAACAAUGAUAUUAGUAAUAAUGAUGACAGUCAACGUUAUCAAAUAACAAUAGAUUUGGAUACAUUACGAUUUGAAUUAUAUUUAGCUGAAAAAGGCAAUACAAUAAACUUUAAAUGUGUUUUCAUCGGUGAAGCUACUUACAUAUCAUUGCAAGAUCUUCGUCCUGGGACAAAUUACUACGUAAAAGUAUGUUGUAAUUACUCUGGAAUUCGUGGUGAAUUUAGUCCGAUUGCACACUUCAUGACCUUGCCAUCUAAGCCGAAUCCUCCGCGAACUAUACAAAUAAUAUGUCAAACACGUAAUUCCCUGCAUAUUAAAUGGGGACCCGGCAUAGAUAAUGGAUCACGCAUUACAUCAUACAAGUUAGAAUAUGCUCAAGUGCUUACAAAUUCAUCCGAAUUAGGUUUAGACAAAAAUCCGGAUCCAGAAUUUUUCGAACCAAUUCAAGUGUUCGGUAGAUCGUAUAAAAUAAAUCAACUGUCUCCAUCUACGGAAUAUUUAAUUCGUGUUGCAGCAAUAAAUCAAUAUGGACAAAGCUCCUGGAGUCCAAUACUCUCCGCCUCUACAUCUGGUAGUCCUCCAGAGAUGCCUUUACCACCAUUCCUAAUUCAAGCUGAUGUUCAUUCCUUAACAUUAGGUUGGCGUCCACCAACCAAUCCCGAUCAAUAUCAGUAUCAUCUUCAUCACCAUCACCAUCACAAUCAAAGUAACAUUUGUGAUCACAUGAAUUCAUCAAAUUAUGGCAAUCACUUAAGUCCAAUUACAUAUACAUUAGAAAUGGAUGAUCAAACUAUGGGACAUGGAUUUAUCACUGUUUUUGACGGUUCUGGUACAGAACAUUGUGUUGAUAAUUUACGUCGUAAUACACGUUAUCGAUUUCGUUUAGCUGCAUCAAAUAUUGAUGGCCGAAGUCGUUGGAGUGAAACAAUAACACUGGCCACUUUACCUGAUCAUCCAUCUCCACCAAGAAACUUACGGAUUUACGGUUCAUUUAUACAACCAACUCGAUUAGCUUUAACAUGGGAUUCACCAGAAGAUGAUGGUGGAAUUCCCAUUCAAGCUUAUCGAUUAGAAGCUCUCUUACCUUAUAGUAAUAGUGGUAAUUCUACCCUACCAAAUGGAACACUAACCAAUGGUUCCAAUACAAAAUUAAAUGAUAUCAAUAAUUCAGUAGUCAAUUGUUCUCUAGAGAAAAUCGAUGAUCAAAUUGAUGUUAUUCAAAAAUUAAUAUGUUGGCCUCAUGUUACACCGUUAAAAUCUGGUUCGUCUAUAUUAUCAUCAAUUAAUUCAUCAUUAUCAGCAAUAAAAUCGACAUCAGUUAGUACUGCUACUCCUAGUUCUACAACAGUUAUUACUACUACCACUAAUCCUGCUUCUACGACUACUUCUACAAAUGAUAAUUACGUAAUAAACAGUUCAGAUAUUACCUAUCAUCCUCCAUUGAAUUCAUUUAAUCAAAAGAUUUCUAGCAGAACAACUGUAGAUAUGAAUAAUAGUAAUGAAAACACAGACAUAGAUCAUAAUCAAAUGCCGAACUCAAUAACAUUGAACAAUAAUUCAAUUGUCAGUCAGUCUACUGAUUAUGAUGUUGAAUUAAUUUAUCCACAAACUGCAUGGUUUAUUAUUUAUGAAGGUGCUGAAAAAGAAUUACUUAUUGACAAUUUACUACCAGGACUGUAUUUACAAUUACGUGUACGUGCAUGUUGUUCAUUAGCAAAUAAUCAUAAUAUGAAUCCAUCAUGUUCAUCUUUCUCAUCAUCCUCGUCAUCUUCAUCGUCAUCAUCAUCUUCAAUGUUAUCUGGAAUAAUAUCUACACUGAAUUUAAAUCAAUGUUCAGCGGAUGAAAUGAUUACCUCUAUAAAUGUUGGAACUAAUGUCACUAAUGUAAAUACUACUAAUACCGUUAUUACUAAUAGUAAUAAUGAAUUAUGGGGUUUAGCAAAUUAUCCACCAUUAAAAAUUCGUAUGCCACCAAUUCCACCUUCCGCACCAUGUUCUGGUCCACGUGUUGUCGGUAAACCGAAGCCAACUUCAUUGCAUUUAUGUUGGUCUCCACCAAAGCAAACUGGUGGUGCGCCAAUAUUGGCCUACGAAGUUUGGCAGUUGACUUUGGAAUCUACAUGUUGGAUUGAUGAAGUAUCUGAAGACAAUGAUGAUAUCGAUUUAUCAAUGCAUAGACUAUGCUCAUCAACACCAACAUCUUCAUUAGAACUAUCCGUUCUACCUUCAUCAUGUCAUAAUUUAGAAUGUGAUUUCAACCAUAGAUUUAUGCCGAAUAGUUGUCAAUCACGUCAUCGUCAAUUUAUUCUGCAUAAAUCUUACACAGAUCCAUCGCUAAAUAUGAAAUCAUACUCAGUGAAUAAUAAUACUACUAAUAAUAAUGAUGAUAAUUCAGUAAAAAUACAAUCUUCAUUUAAUGAUUCAUCGAAUAUUACACUUGGUCGAUUUGUAUGCUCUGUACGUGAAACGGAAUGUCGAUUAUUUGGUCUGACACCUGGACAAAAUUAUGCUUUCCGUGUACGUGCACGUAAUCGUGCAGGUGAAGGACUAUGGACUGAAUGGAUUUCCUUAUCAACUCCACCAAGUCUACCAGGUGUACCGACUAGUUCACCAAGAUUAUUACCUAAAUCCCCAUAUGUAAUACAGAUUGCUUGGGAUCCAGUAACUUGUAUUAAUGGAGCUAAAAUAUAUGAAUAUCGACUUGAAUGUCGUCAGUAUCAAUCAUUGAAUUCAAUGGAUUAUUAUGAUAUUUCAUCAUAUACAAUAAACAUCCCAUCUGAAAAGAAAUCGACAAUAAAUUCUUUGGAAAAUUCAUCAGGAUUAGAUUCUUUUGAGCAAAUGGAAAAUGACUCAUUUUUUCAACUGAUUUAUGCUGGUUCAAAGUUAUCAUUUGAAAUGACAGGUUUGCAACCAGCUAGUUUGUUUGCAUUCCGCUUUUGUGCUGUAAAUUCAGCUGGGGCCGGACCAUGGAGCCCUAUAGCUAAGUGUUGGACACCAUCUGCCCCACCUGAUCAGCCUCAUGGUUUAUGUAUUCGUGAAUUAAAUUCGGAAUCAGUUUUGCUUCUCUGGGUUAUACCUCACUGUAAUGGAAGUCCUAUUACAAAUUUUAUGAUAGAAGUUACCCGAAUUAAUAAUCAUCAUAAAUCCACGUCUAAAUCUCGUAUAAAUUCGUCAAAUGUGAAAUUCAUUCAAAUACCUGCACCAUAUCUUAUGGAUCAUAAAAAACAUCCAAUGAAUUCCAGUACUAAACUACCAAACAUUUCAGUGACACCUGAUACUUCGAAUUCAGUUCAACAACAAUUACAAAAGAAAAUGAUGCAAUAUUGUUUAAAUAAGUUGAAACCUUCGACAACUUACAUAUUACGCAUCCAAGCUGUGAAUAAAUUUGGUCCAAGUGAAUAUUCAGCCAAUAUUGAAUUUACUACACUUGCCCCAUUGCCUAAAGCUCCAGUUUUUAGUCAUUAUACAAAUUUAACGUCAAAUAGUGUUCGAUUAGAAUGGAAUAUGUUAAUCAAUGAGAUGCUCAAUUCUGAUACCGAUGAUAUGGAUAAUGUUGAUGGUGACGCUGACACCAUUGGUGACGAUACUUCGAGUGAUAAUUGCAUCAACGAUGAGAGAGAAGAAAAGAUUCAUAGUGACGAGGCAAAGGAAGUAAAUAAUGAAAAUGGCACUAAUAUCAAGUCAAACUCUUCUUCUCGUUUAUCGAAUCCACUCCAUCACCACCGCCACCAACAACAACAGCGAGAAAGGAUAAAAACACAGAAAUUAGACUUGAAAUCGCAUGAAAGCCAAUUAAUAUUUACAUUACAAAUGAGCAGAGAAUCUGAUCUAGAUUGGACGACAAUAUAUGAAGGACAAUCAAAUAUGCAUAAAGUGAAUCGUUUAUCUGAAUUUACAAUUUAUCAUUUUCGUGUUUGUGCUAUGAAUACAACAGGUUGUGGAUUGUAUAGUGACGUUCAAACAAUUCGUACUCAGAAAGCAUCACCACCAGCUGUGCGAGGAUUGAAGAUUCUUGAAUUAAAUUCUGAUCGUUGUCAAUUAGAAUGGACUCCGGUUAAUCAGUUAGGCAUGGAUCCCAUUAUCUAUUUGUUGCAUUUACUUCCAGUCACAGCCAAUAUACAACAAUCAACCAAUUUAAAUCAGGUGUACAGAGGAAAUCAAACAGCAUGUCGUAUAACAGGUCUAAAUCCAGGCUCUGAAUAUGUCUGUCGAGUAUGUGCUGUUCGAUUGUGUCAGCCAACUGCCAAAUUACCUGUUAUUAAUAAUAAUGCUACUACAUUUGAACAAGAGCAAUCUAAGGACGAUCCUAAAAUAGAUUCUUCUCAAUAUCAAAUCACUGAAUUGCCUGGACCAUUUUCUUCUGGUCUUCUAUUUACAACUCCACGUCUUACUAAAGAUAACCAAUUUGAUUCCACAUCAUCGUCAGUAUCAUCAUCACCAUCAGUAACAGUAUCAGCAAGUUGUCACCUAUUUAAACAAAAAGAUUCUCUUUCGUAUAAGCGAUCAAAUGGUUUGUUAAAAAUGUUAUCAUCUCCAUAUUAUAUUAUUCGAAAUAUGAUCUCACGUAAUAGUAGUAAUAUUAGAUCGACAAGUGUCCACCCAAUAUAUGACUCAUCUAAUUGGACUAUACUGCCAAAACAAGAUCAUAUUCAUUCAAAUCAAGUGAUUGCUACAGGUACUUUGCCGAACUCCCUGUUGCAUAAUAAUAAUGUAUCAGAUAAACGUCGUAGUAUUCUACUCCAUACAAUGUCUUCAACAACAUCAUUAUCAGCACAGUCAACAACAAACUCCACAUCAUCAUCAAGAAAUCAAUCAAAACAACAAUUAUCAUCACAUCACAAUUCGAAAAGAUCUCAUUCUCAUUGGUUUCGUUUUACUGAUACACAAUUAGCUUGUUUAUUACUAAUUCUAUUCAGUUUAGCAACAUUAUUAGUUGCAAUGAGUUUACAAUAUGUCUUGAAUGUACAUUUGAAAUUAUCCAAUCCUACAACAACAAGCAGCAGCAGUAGUAGUGAUAGCUUUUCAUCGAUGGAUUUAUCACCAUCAUCAUCUGAAUCAUAUGGGAUGAAAUUAAAACUCAAUCAUGAUAAGAUGUAUAACGAUGGCAGUUCAGUGUUUACUACUACGACUACUACGUCAAAAAGAACAAAUCAGAAUGUUCAUUCAUAA